CACAGAGGGUAUAAUUGGAAAAGAGAGCAGGGGACACUGUAUCUUCUUGUCAUCGCCUGCGGCCCAACACGGCGGUUCUUCAUGCAUUUGCCGCCUACAGAAUCGCCAUUCCCUCAUCCACCACCAUAAUAGGAAAAGAACCAAGUCUCCACUCUUCAACCACUGUUUUCAGAGAGUUCAAAUCACCACCCAAAAGUUUCUCGGUCUCCUCUUCCUCCGCCUUUCUCCGACGUUCAUCACAACCUCUCAAUCAGGUGAAGACUGAAUAUUAAGCUUCCAUUACUGGGAUGGGGAAGGAUUCAAAGAGUGGCGUGGGCAAGUCGGCAUCUUAUCAGCUCUUUAAGGAUAGGGCUAAAAAUCGGGUGGAUGAUCUGCAAGGGAUGUUCACUGAUCUGCAGUCUUUGAGGAAAGAGAGCCGUACUUCUGAAGUUACAGUGUUGGAGGAACAGCUUAACCAGAUUCUUCGUGAGUGGAAGGCCGAGCUCAGUGCACCCUCUCCUGCUUCUUCUUUGCAGGAAGGGAGCUUAGAAUUUAACACAUCAGACCUUCUAAGGCUAGUGCAGCUCAGUGAGGAGGAAGAUGAUGCCACCAGUGCAUUAGCCGCUCCAAAAUCUGAACCUGAUGCACAUAAAGUUGGUGCUGGUGCUGGUUAUCAAGAGGGUCUGAAUGUAACUCGGGUGCUUCAGGAACAAAACAUUCAGUUGGUUGACCAGUACAAAAGUGCUCCUUUUGGGGUCAACUGUGUGGAUAUUACUAAUAUGGAUCCAGCACAAUUGGAUCAUCAACCUUAUGAUUUUCAUCAAGAUUUUGAGCAGUACUUCCCUGGGUUCGAUGGUGUAAAUCUUUGUCUUGAGGAUAUUUUGCCUGCGAUUCAUAUUAGUCCUCCACCUGCUGCCUUUUUGGGCCCAAAAUGUGCACUUUGGGAUUGCCCAAGACCUGCAAUGGGGUCAGAUUGGUGUCAAAAAUCUCAAGACUACUGCAGUGACUACCAUGCUUCCCUUGCUCCGAAUGAAGGUUUUCAUGGACAUCCACCAAUUGUAAGACCAAUGGGUGUCGGCUUAAAGGACAAUUUGUUUUUCCAAGCUCUCAGUGCAAAAGCAAAUGGAAAGGAUGUUGGUAUUCCUGAGUGUGAGGGUGCAGCAACUACAAAAUCUCCAUGGAAUGCUCCUGAGCUCUUCGAUCUAAAAAUUAUUGAGGGUGAAACAAUUAGGGAGUGGCUUUUCUUUGACAAGCCCAGAAGAGCUUUUGAGAGUGGGAACAGAAAGCAAAGGUCAUUGCCUGAUUACAACGGCAGGGGUUGGCACGAGUCAAGGAAGCAGGUGAUGAAUGAGCUUGGAGGGCUAAAGAGGUCCUAUUACAUGGACCCACAGCCAAUGCAAAACCUGGAGUGGCAUCUCUAUGAAUACGAGAUCAACCACUAUGCAACAUGUGCAUUAUACAGGUUGGAACUGAAGCUCGUGGAUGGAAAGAAAAGUCCGAAAGGGAAAGCGAAUAAUCCUUCUGUUGCUGAUUUGCAGAAGCAAAUGGGGAGACUCAAUGCCGAAUCUUCUCCCGAAACCAAACAGCGCUCAGCGAAGGGUAGGGGAAAGGGCAGCGCCGGAAAGGACAUUCCCUCUGCCCCACCAAGCCAAUCUGCAACAAAUUCUGAAGGGCUUUAUGUCACUGGUAAUCAUUUGGGUGGCCCUUUUGACCCAUAGGCCCCUUUUCCUUUUUUUCUUCUCAUUUAUUUUGGCAUGUAUGUCCCUGUCACAGUUUUCACUCUUGACCUCUGGUUUUGAGGUUGUCCCUCUUUCCCUGUCUGCUCCUCCCACUGGAAGUCUCACACCUCUAAUUGUGGGUAAUGUAUGAGAAUUGCUAACUCCUAUUGCUAUAAAUGUACAGACCCAUCUAGAAAUGCUCCACCAACUUAAAUUCAUAUUUAAUGAAUUACUCCUAUGUUG